AGAAGGAUGUGUUCCACUAAGGACCGCCAUGCGGCAGUAGCGUGCGACAUAUACAAGGGCACUGGCGUCACGAAGAAAAGGACGCUGUCGUUAUACUAAUGUCCGUUCUCUUCGUGUUCUUAUGAAGUAAACGGUCAGAUAUUCGUGUUUUAAUGUGUUUGAUUUAAUUAUCGGGAUUUCAUAUUUACUACCGAAAAGGAAAAACAACCAACGAUGGGUGAGGUGGAGUUGUCCUGUCUGGCUUAUGCCAAAAUGUUCCUACAUGCAAGUCAGCAUCCUCGCAGCAGUGUGAAUGGCCUGCUGCUGUCCUCCAGUCCAGCGGGGGCAGCUGUUUGUAUCACAGAUUGUGUGCCAUUGCUCCACUCCCACUUGUCUCUGGCUCCAGUCACACAGCUCGCACUUACACAGGUCGACGUUUGGUGUUCACAAACGCAGCAAAGGAUUGUGGGAUAUUAUCAAGCCAAUGCUUGCGUCUCAGACAGCAGCCCUACACCAUGUGCGUUGAAGAUUGCAGAGAAGAUCUUUGAGCAGUGUAACAAUGCUGUUUUGCUUAUGAUUGAUGGAGAAAAGAUGUAUCCAGGCUGCCGUGUUCCUCCGAUUGUGAUGUAUGAGCGUAAAGAUGCCCGCUGGACCCUCAAAGACAAACACACAAUAAUGCUUCGACAGUGGGAAGAAACCUGUUCCAUAGUUAAUCAGCUGUUCAGCUCUGGUGAUCAGACGCUAUUGGUGGACUUUGACAGCCAUUUGGAUGACAUCACAAAAGAUUGGACCAAUCAGAAACUCAAUGCCAAGAUCAUGGAACUGAUUUCUCCAGCCAAUGGAAAUGUUUAACUGUAUAGACAAAAUUUUUCUCACAUCAUAGUUUUCAUAGCUUUCCCCUCUAAUUGUGUUUUUAACACAUUAUUUUAUUUUGACAAAUUUAUAUGAUUUAAAUGAUGUCCUCAGAUAUGCAAAAAGAAACAUUUUCUUUUGUGUGGUAUGAUUUGGUGCUGACCCUAAAAAUAAACAAAAUUACAUUGAGGUCGACUCAAAUACAAGCAGCAUACUUCUUCUUACUUUGAUAACUUUGAUCGCCUGUUACAUUUUAAUAAUUUAAUAAUAAGCUAUUAAUUGGUUUGCUUUCUAAGAUCUAUAUCUAUCUAAUAAUCUGUAAGAACACUAUGUAUGGUUCCUGAGGUGCUGUCAGGACAAAAAAAAGUGAAGAAAAUAGAUUUUAUUUUAUGUUGUCGUGAAGUAGUCUAGUAUUUAGCUUUAACUAUAUGGAGGUUAGAAGUCUUUAAUAAUAUAGAUGAUUCCUUCCGGCAAACAGAUCAAAUCAGUGCUCAGAGUAGUGUGUGUAUGAUUCAUGUGAGGUGUGUCCUGCAAGAUGUGGCUCUUCAGGUCUGUCUGGAGCUUUUAUUUGUUUUGAUGCCUUUUUCCCCCCACUGCAGCACUGCUGACAUUUGUUAGCUAACCUGUAUGACUAGCUUUUUUCUGUGGAACAUAAAAGUAAAUAUUUAGAAAAAA